CAGAAUUUUUUUACCUGCUGUUCAAAAUAUAUAGUCUAACCCUAUCUAAGUUUUUUUCAAGCUUCAGCCGCACCUCAUUACCUCUUUGGUCUUUCGCCUUAGCCGCUUCUCUGAAUCCCCUUGCCGUGCUCGUUCGUUAUCGGAGGUGUGAGCCGCGCCUACUUGCUGCUUCUCUCUCUUUGUCGUGCACUGUCGUUCACCUUUUUACCUCUUUGCUGUGCGUCGUCGUUUGCCUGUUUGCCGCGUCUGCUACUGUACCACCUAUAGAUAACUCAGCAACGAGGAGUUCCAGAGAGUCAGUGUGCUGACCUUGCCCCAUAUAUGGAUCCCUCAAAUUCCAUUUCCUCUGACGAAGAGACUGUGCAAGCAGAGAUCUCCACCCGUUUGAAAGGUGAAUUAUACAAGGCUGCACUUGAUGGCAAUGUCGAAGCAUUCAUUGCUUACCAGGGGCCUCUUCAUUGCCUGGUGACCCCAAACCAAAACACAGUGCUCCAUAUUUAUUUGGCAAUCCCAAAUUACAGGAUUAUAGCCUUUUGGCCUUUUAAAUUCAGAAUCCCACUCAAAAAUUCAAGAUCCACCAACUUUGUGGAAGAAAUUGUUAACAGGAGCCCAUCACUACUACUGAAACCCAAUGCCAAAGGUGAAAUUCCUUUGCAAAUUGCAGCGAGGUUUGGGCAUGCUAACAUAGUGGAGCUUCUUGUUAAGCGCGCAAAAGCUGAACAUAGACACCUAGAGAACGGGAUAGAACCAGCAAAGCGGAUGCUGAGAAUGACGGAUAAUGAGGAAAAUACAGCUUUGCAUAAAGCAAUUCGAUAUGGCCAUCUUGAUGCGGUUCAUGCAUUGAUUCAAGAAGACCCUGGUUUCUCAUAUUCUGUUAAUAAAAGCGGCGAGACUCCACUUUACAUUGCAGCUAGGAGAGGAUAUCAUCGCUUGGUGAAAGUGAUAUUAGAUAAAUGUGAAUCCGCUAAACAUGAUGGCCCCUGUGGUAGAACAGCUUUGCAUGCAGCAGUUAUGGCUGCUGAUAGAAGGAGUACAAGAGAAAUCUUACGGAAGAGAUCGAAUUUGACAAAAGCAACAGAUGAAAAUGGACGGACUCCGCUUCACUAUGCUGCACAUAUCGGUUACCGGUACCAAAUUGUGAAGCUAUUGUUGGAAUGUGAUGAAUCUGCAGCCUACAUAACUGAUAAAGAGAAGAUGACACCUCUUCUUAUGGCGGCUAGGCAAGGCCAUAAUCUGACAAUGAGAGAGAUUAUCAAUCAUUGUCCAGGCUGUUGCGAAAUUGUGGACAAAAGGGGCUGGAAUUUUUACCACUUUGCUGCCGCUUCUUUACCUAUCACAAACUUGCAUGAAAUAUUCUUUGGACCUAAUUGUAGAAGACUUGUAGACGAAGAAGAUAUCCAUGGAAACACGCCUUCUCAGGUGUUUGCGGCUUCCCGCUUAUCUCCUCCAAUUGGUACUCUUGAUUUUGUUACAGAUGAUAUGGUAACGAUUAGAAAGGACAACCUUGAUUCCAAGAAAAAGGAACAAAUCUUCCAAUUAUUAGAUGAAGUCGGAAGUGGGGAAGUGGCCGGUGUAGCAGUUACGCCGCUACUCGUGCGUAAGAAGGGAAACCACCAGGGCUUUGAUAAGGACAGAGAGGCUCGAGCAGUGGUGGCAGGGCUUAUCGUCACCGUAACAUUUGCCGCAGCACUUACCUUACCCGGUGGCUACAAGAGUGAUCAAGGCACAGCAAUGCUAAGUCAUAACUAUGCUUUCAAUGCAUUUGUUAUAGCAGAUGCCAUAGCCAUGAUUUCCUCUGUGUUAGUUAUUAACUUUAACUUAUGGUCCUCGCGACCCAAUGUAACUGGAAGAGAACGUCAAUAUUCAACACACCUCAUGGCGAUGUUCGCCGGUAUUGCUGAAGUAGCGCUGGUGGUAGCUUUCGUCACAGGCUUAUAUGCUGUGUUAAAACCUUCCUCGGCACUUGCUAUUAGCACUUCCAUCAUUAUCUUGGGCUUCUUUAUAUGCUAUUAUCGGUUGAGUCUUAAAAUUGUAGAUGUUCUUUAGAUCAGUUGUUUUAAUUGCUUGAGCAUAUUUAAGUCCGCAGAGAUCCACUAGGUAUGACAUUUUAAACAAAAAUUACUUAUUAUUGAA